GGCUGGUGUGGCGAGAGAAAAGAAAAGAUAGAUAUGGCAGUUUCAGAUAUAGGUAAGAGUUGGAGGGUUUUGUGUGACAACCACAGACACAAAGUUAACUCGCCAAACACGCCCUUGUUCCUCCAAAUUGCAAUGCCAAUUCGCGUCACAAGGUGGUCUUCUUGUGUUGUUGCUCGAGCUCUAGAAGAUCAAAAUUCCACAUCCUCUUCUUCUAAAGAGGAUUUAGUGUACGUGGGAAAACUAGUGGCGGGUUCCUUUGCGGGUGGGGCAGCGAUCAAGUAUGGAAGCGCUCUCUUCCCUGAGAUAACCACUCCCAACCUUGUGCUGGCUCUCCUCAUCAUCUUAACUCCUGUGCUUGUUGCUGUUUUUCUUUUGAUCAAGGAAAGUCGCACACACCCAUAAAAAAAAUAACAUGAUUUGUUCAUGAGCAAAUUGGAACGAGUGUGUGUCAUACUGCAUUUCUCUAUAUAAUGUUCCCAACAUUGCCCUAAAGAAUUCAAGGAUCAGCUCGUUAAUUUUCGAUCUCGGGUUAUUAGUAAAUCAAAUUGCAGUUCCAUAUAUCUACAUACAAAUAUUAUAUUUUCUA